UGGUUCCAAUGAAAUGAAACCAUAAAUAAAAACGGCAAAAGGAAUUUUAAAAAAUUCAAUCCUCCAAAAUAUUUUUUCAAAAUCCCCCUCCAUUACAACUUCUUGUCGUCUGUCACUUGUCAAAAGUUGUGGUUAUGUUAUGAAAGUGAACAAGUGAAUUAUUGGAGCUUAAAAUGGGUGACAAAGCUCAGGAGCACCCUGAGGGAGCAAGUAAAGACUCGGAGAUUAUCCCGGGCUACUCGUCCAUGGAGCAGUUUACGAAGGACGGCUUUAAGGUCCUAAUGGAGGCGAUCAAGCACUCCAAUGCGUUACCGUCGGGUCGCGACUGGGACUUUUACAACAUUUCCGACUCCUUCAAAGAAAUCAUGAAAGUGGAAGGCAAUCACGUCUUGCGUUUAAUGAACCAAGUUAUGCGUUGCAAUGAUCUAGACAGUAAUCUAAGGAACCGUGUUUUGGACGAGAAAAUCGAGCUUGUGAUUGAGGCAAAUGAUAUAAUUCUUGAAAAAGUUGCUAAUAAUAUCGACGAAAUGAACGGGAUUCGCAAAACGGUGGUUGCACCAGUGGUGUUGCAAACGGUCAGCGCCCAGUUGCCUGUGAAUGGGUCUUGGAAUCGGCAAACCGCUGCCACUGUUACUGUGAGUUCGGUUGUUCCUGAGUCAAGUGGCCAGAACUGUAUCAAACUGAUUACCGCCAAGAAUAUUAUUAGGCCCCAGAAAUUUUUCAAGGACCAAAUUGAUAACAGGAAUAAGACGCCUUGGUCUCCGAGGAUUACGGAAAAACCAAAUUCGCUGAAACCGUUGGCCAUAUUUUUAGAAGAAUAUGAAGACAGGCAAGAAUAUUCUCAUCCUUACGAAUUCGAGUUGGAUCGCUUCCAACCUACACCUUCACAACUAAUUGACGAAAAGUCAGUACCGCCUAAAAGCCUUUCAGACACCCCUUUGAUUGAGAUAGACAAAGCGGAACAACUAGACGAGCUAGUUGAAACGCUCAGACAUUGCAAAGAAUUUUCCGUUGAUGUUGAACACCAUUCUUACCGAUCUUUCAUGGGAAUCACUUGUCUCAUCCAAAUUUCAACUGAAGACAAAGAUUAUCUCAUUGACGCUCUAGCUUUACGCGAUAAACUCUCAAUUCUUAACGAAGUUUUUACCAAAAACACAAUCGUUAAAAUAUUUCACGGGGCCGAUAAAGACAUCGAAUGGUUGCAGAGAGAUUUAUCACUUUACGUUGUGAAUAUGUUCGAUACGCAUCAAGCAGCAAAGGCGUUGCAAUAUCCAGCACUGUCUUUGGCUUUCCUAAUGAAAAAGUUUUGCAAUGUUACUCCAAACAAGCAAUUUCAAUUGGCUGAUUGGAGAAUUCGUCCGUUACCAGACGAAUUAAAAUCAUACGCUCGAGAGGACACCCACUAUCUUAUUUACAUUUAUAAAAUGAUGAAGCGAGAGUUGUUGCACAAAACCAACAAGUGUGAUAAACUCUUGCGAUCGGUGAUUGAACGCAGCACUGAAGUUUGCAAAAAGCGAUAUUUCAAACCGAUUUUGCACGAAGACAGCCAUUUGGAGUUGUACCGAAAGUGUAAAAAAAUGUUCGACAAUCGGCAAAUGUACGCCUUGAAGGAGAUUUAUGUGUGGAGGGACAACAUAGCGAGAAUUGAAGACGAAAGUUUAGGUUACGUUUUGCCCAAUCACAUGCUGCUGCAAAUUUCCGAACUGCUUCCGCGCGAAAUGCAAGGUAUUUUGGCUUGUUGUAACCCAAUUCCGCCCUUGGUCAGGUCCCAUUUACUCGAAUUGCAUCAGAUUAUUUUAAAGGCUCGUGAGCAGCCUUUGGAGAAAGCGAUUUUGAAAGAGACAAGUGGUCGAGGCGUUUUGAAGGAAAUGUCCAAAGUGAACAUGGACAGUGUUUUACACUGUCCACACGACUUAACAAAGACAAACGAGUUUCGGGACGAUUUACCAACUCUGCUGCAAAAUGAGCAAUACAAAGCGGAGAAUAAAAGGGUGGCUCAAGUUGAUUUAGCGAUUGAAAAACCGUCAUCAUAUUCGAUUUUCAACUCCGAUCAAGGUUUCAAACCAGGUGAAGCGUUUAAAAAACUGCACACUUCUGCGUAUUUGAGUCCUUAUGAGCGGUACAAGUUAGUUAAGCCGUUCGUUGUGGCAGAAGAUGAGGCAGCAAAGGCGCAAAAAGAAAAAGAUGAGAAAACUGAUGAUGAAAGGAUAACUUCGAUUAGGGAUCAUUUCGUGCAAUUAUCCAAGAAGUUUAGUGAGGAGUUGCAAGCGCAAAAAGAGGAAGAAGAACGGAAGGAGAGAGAAUUGUCAUUGAUAGAAAUGGGUGCUUCAAGGAAAAGAAAACGAGAUGAAAUUGAUUCAGAAUCGCCUGAUGUGGUGAUAGUUGAGGACAGUUUUUAUACUCCGGUUCCAGUAAUAAGCGAUGUUAUUGAUGAAAAUAAUUUCUAUCGCAGAAAAAAGCCACGCAAGCGGAAAUUUGAUGAAAUUAAUGAUGGAGGUAAUGAAGGUGGUAAAAAGAAGAAAAAUAAGAAAAAGGGAAAGAAAGGGAAUGUACAAGCUCCUGGACAGUUUAAAAAUGAAGGAAACAAACUAAAUCUAACUCAAGUUCGUUCAUUUAAAACUGAAGGAAAACAACAAAAUCAAAUUCCAAUCCAUCAGAAUAAAGGCAACGGAAAUAAACAAAAUCAGGCUCAAAAUGUACCGAAGAGUAAAAGGAAAAGGAAUAAUGCCGGACAGGGGCCCCAAAAUGUUCAAAAAGGCGGGAAUCAACCCAAGAAGAAGUUUAAGUGCAAGAAUGCAGAACAGAACAAUAAGAGUUCGAAUUUCAUGCCGUAUGAUUAUUCCUCUGUUGAUUUUAGGCAGUUUCAAGGUGGGGCCGGCAGUGCCAGUGGGGGUGUGCAGAUGAAAAGGACUUUCCAACCCAAGAAUCGCGGAAAACACAACAAAAAGGGGGCUAAAUCAUCGACGUUUGCUAACUUGGGUAGACACAACAGAGGGCAACACAACUGAGUUGUUUAUUUAAUGUUGUAUAUUUUUUCAAAAAUAAUUACAAUCGGUUAUAACAUUUACAAA